GCAGAGGGGCGAUUUAUCUUACGCAGUUCAUUCUUAUUUCAUCGUUCAAGGGCGGCUACUAGCUCUGCAUCUAUUUCAAGAACACAGAAAUUUAAGCUUUUCCCCAUCCACUUGUAAGUACCACAGACCCCGAUCAUUAAUUUAGAUAGCGACCUGGACCAUAUUUUGCUCCAUCAAUAUGACGCUUAAUUCAUGCGAGAAUGCAGGGGAUUUCUGGAUAAGAACAGGUUUAUCUUGGCUGUGGGUCCUUGAACAACCCCCGAUUGAUGCUGGAAGUCCAGGAACAAAUCAAAACGGCUCAUGUAAGCUCUACUUCGUAGAACAACUUGGUAUUGGGUGCAGAUAUCUGGAUGGCGAAGAAAUUAAAUAUGGAUACUAUUACAUUAUCAACAGUGAAACUGGGUGCGAAAGCUUUUGAGGACGAGCUGCUGUCAAGCAGGUUUUAUUCCAAGAAUUUCAGGUUCUAGCAAGAGCAGCAAUAUAUAAAAUACCUGGAUCAUCCUCCUCCGCUCUCAACUCUUUCAUUAUCAACACAGCACGCGGAGAUUUUGAAUUCAAAGCCUUAAACAAUCCACAGCAUCUUCCUUAGAACACCUAAAUCACCCAUUGCUUCAACCAAUCAUCAUCAUCAUCAUGGGUCUCGGAGAAGAUAUCAAGGAGUUCGGAGAGGGCGAAAUGCAACAGCAGGGUGGCAACAACGGGAAUGAUAAUGGCAACAACUCCAGCGGUGGCAUUAGCGAUAGCACCAAAGACACCAUGGCAGAUUCCGCCGUCGACUCGUUUGCGAGCAAGGAGGGAGUGCCUUCCCAAUUGGACUCUGGAAUUAACAACGUUGUCAAUGAUGAGGUCAACAAGUCCUAGAUAUCCGUCGUGUUUUUAUGAUUAAUGUUGAAUGAGCGUGGAUGUGGGAUGGAGCCUUAUUUUGGAUUGUGUACUACUACUACACUUGUAUGAUUUGAAUCAUUAAUUUUACAAAGUCACUUUUACUUUGUUUCACACAGGUUUAAAGUCUUUCUUGAUAUCUUUUCAAACACAUUCAAUUCGAUUCAAGUGAAGUCCAAU